UCCGGUCCCCCUCAGCAAAACCCACAAACAAACAGAAGACAAAAGAAUUCCCAAGAAAGAGAAAUGUUGAAUUCAAUCUUUGAAGCAGAAAACAUGAGGAAAUUCAGUCUUCUCAUUUUCGUUCUCUGUAUUUUGAUUUCUCUCAAGAACCAAAAUGCAGAGACCAAGAAAGGCUCAUCAUCAAUCUCCGCAUAUUGGUCUUCUUCAUCCUGGGAUUUGUAUCCUUCUAUGUUCUUGUCUAUUGAGGACGAAGAAGAAGGCCUUCCUCAACGGUCACUGGAGUAUGAUUUUUAUCGUACUUCCUGCCCACAAGCUGAGAAUAUCAUUCGAGAGGUGAUUCGGGAAAUUUACAAGGUCCGGUCCAGUGUGGCUCCAGAACUCUUGAGGCUUGCUUUCCAUGAUUGUUUCAUUGAGGGGUGCGAUGCUUCUGUUCUAUUAGAUGCUGCUGAAGACUUGAAAUCUGAAAAAGAUUCUGCCCCCAAUGAAAGCCUUAAGGGAUUUGAUAUAAUUGACAUAAUCAAGUCACAGGUUGAAGAAGUAUGCCCUGGUGUUGUUUCUUGUGCUGAUAUUGUUGUUUUAGCAGCUAGAGAAGGUGUUGUUCAGGCAGGUGGUCCAUUCUAUCCACUACUAACUGGCAGAAGAGACAGUUUCCGCACUUUCCCAGAUAUAGCAACUUAUGAGCUUCCUUCACCCCUAGCUGAUCUAUCUGAAACCCUGGCAUCAUUUUCAUCUAGGGGUUUUGAUGAAAGAGAAACAGUCACUCUCUUAGGUGCUCAUAGCAUUGGAACAAUCCACUGCAAAUUCUUUGAAAGCCGUCUCUACAACUUCGGUGGGACCAAUAAGCCAGAUCCCUCUAUGGAUCCUCAAUUUCUUAACCAGAUGAGAUCAAGAUGCAACAAUAGCGAUGCACCAGGGUCUCCAGCUGCAUCACCUUCCUCUGAUGCCCCCGAGCCAUCUUCAUUGGUACCACCAGCUUCCUUUGACAGCCCAGAGUCAUCAUCAACAGCAUCAUCCCCUUCCUAUGAUGGAUCACCAUCUCCAUCUUCUGAAAAACCAGGAAGGAUGGGUGCAAUGUCAUCAGUAGCAGCACCAUCAAUUUUUCCCCAACGCUCAUUGUCCUUCUCACCAUCAUCAUCUAGGAAAUCAACAGUUUCAUAUGAAGGUUCACUGCAGUCCUCAAUGGAGGAUCCAGGAGUCCCUAUGACCUAUGAGGGACCUGGAAUAGAUUUUGGCUCAGUGUACUACCACAGACUUCUGCAAGGCAGAGGAAUCCUCUAUGCUGAUCAGCAACUAAUGUCUGGGGAAGAAACUAGGAUCUGGGUUAAAGCAUAUGCUUCAGAUGUCACCUUGUUCCGCCGAGACUUUGCCCAGGCAAUGAUAAAGCUCUCAGAUCUCCAUGUCCUCACAGGUUCAGCAGGUCAGGUCCGGUUCAAUUGUUCAAGGGUGGCAUGAGAGAAGAUUGAGUAGGAAGAUUUGGAUGGAUUUCUGUUGUUACCUGGUAAAUUUAGUGUCCAGAUUAAAAGCUAACUGUCAUAAACUUGUUCAAUAGAAUCUGUAAAUAUAUAUGAUUUUUUUUUUC